UGGCCUUUGGUGUCAUGCAGCUGUUUAUGUGACCUUGAGGACGUCCGUAUGUCACAAUGGACAGUGAGUUAUUCCUUCACACUAAGCGUUAGCAGAUGCCAGGCUAGCCCACGGGGCUACCAGAUGAAUGAGACCCAGCCCUGCAGAUUCGUAAACAAGAUGGCCACAUAAACAUAACUGUAAAUCAAGUGGUCAAGUGCUGCCGCCCUCACCAAGCAAACCGGAAACAAGCAGAGAUCUUCCCUGGAGGCUACACCAGGUAAGGUUUCCCUUGAUGUCGAAUAUACAUAUGAAAAUGUGCACAGAUUAUAAAGAUGAAGCUCAAUGAAUUUCUAGAAGUUAAACACAAGUAGCAUUCAGAUCAAGUCAACAAAAUGUUACCAGAGCUGUGGGAGUCUCAUGUUCCAGCACUGACCCCUCCCAAGGAAGUUGGGAACAAAAUCCCAGCACAAUGCUCCUCACCGGAGCCACCGAUCCAACUGAAGAUGAGACGGCGGACAAGCCUCCCAGGUGUUCACUGCCGGAAUUUUAUGCAUUUCUUGAGAAUUUUAAUAAGGAGAGCAAGAAAUCGAGUCUCCGAAAAACUCACGGUAUUUCACCUAGUGAGGCACAGGAAAUGCUUAGUCAAAACCUCAAUGCCAUGUCAUUCACCAGUGGAGCUGAUGUGAGGGAUGAAGACCCCCGGCCCAUUUUCACGUGCAAGGUGGUUAGAAAAGAAAAGGAGCAACCAGAAUCGAUGACCGAACUGCUGUACCGAAGCUUGUUGACCAGCUCAACCUCUCCGGGGAAGGGACUCUCCAGAUCCCAACAGAGGCUCUUGCGGAGUGGGAUUCCUCCCCCUGCACACACUUUUCCUCAUGAGAUUCUCAUCGAUCACUCCAGCUCCUCGUCACUGUUCCCCACGCAGAAGACUCAGAGAAUUAACAUAUUACACGGGCUGGGCAUUUCCAGGAUCACGCCAGAAAAUUUCACCUUUGAGCACAAAAUUGCUAAGUACUUCUUAGUUGAUCCAGAAAAACAAUUCAUGGAUCUAAGGGAUCUGGAGUGGAGGUAUUACAAGGGGAUCGUGAAGUACAAGCACGGUACUUCAGAUUCAUUCAUAAACAUAAAAUACAACAGUGAGAAGAGAUUUGUGGAGAGCCAGAAGAUGCCUGGUGUUAUUUCCCCCCCUCUGGUUUAUAGGUCUUUAGUCAUUUAUCCUCAGGUUGAUUAUCCAAAAAGUACAACUUCCUCUUAAAUAAAACACGUAGCUUAUUAAAAUA